UCGGGGGGCGGCGAUCCUCGAAGGUCCCCUCCACAGCAGUAUCCCACAUCACAACCUCUACAAUCACACCAGUUGGGCGUGCCCCGGACCACCCUCUCGCGACCUUCCUCGGCACAUACCCUCGCCUCGGAUUACCGGGGUCGGACGCUCUCCCCGCUGAGCGCGAACGGUUCCGACCCGGGCUCGCCUCAAGUGUUCGCGCGGGAUCUCUCGGGGAACCGACGCUCCCCGUCCGCCCGGCCGGCGAGCUACUUGGACCUCCUGAACAACAUCCCGUACGAUCAGCAGGUCGCCCCGGGGCCGCCCCUCAACAACGCCUCCCUGCAGAGCCACGUCGGCCGCGGGGCCAGCCUGCUCGCCACGAAGAAGACCCUGGACAUGUACCGCAUGAACGUGAAGAAGACCGCCGACCCCGCCAUCCAGUACGAGUUCGCCGUCUUCAUGAUCAACACCGCCGUCGACGCGCAGCCCGAGGACGGCAUCGACGCCGCGGAGCUCCAGACCGAGGCCAAGCACAUCCUCCAGCGCCUCUCGGACCGCACCUACCCCUUCGCGUCGUACUACCUCGCCGACGGCUACUUCUCGGGCCUCUUCAACAAGGGCAAGCCCGACUACGACCGCGCCUUCCCCCUCUUCGCCUCCGCCUCCCGCCACGGCCACGCCGAGGCCAGCUACCGCGCCGCGCUCUGCUACGAGUUCGGCUGGGGCACCGCCCGCUCGCCCCAGAAGGCCGUGCAGUUCUACAAGACCGCCGCGUCCAAGAACCACCCGGGCGCCGCCACCCGGCUCGGCCUGGCCUCGAUCCGCGGCGACCUCGGCCUGGUCGACCGCGGCUCGUCGGCGCACUACAAGGACGGCGUCAAGUGGCUGAAGCGCGCCCAGGAGUCGGCCGACCGGCAGUACAACGCGGGGCCCUACGAGCUCGGCCUGCUGCACGUGCGGGGCGACGACCGCGACAUCUUCCGCGACCACGUCUACGCCGCCAAGCUCUUCACCCAGUCCGCCGAGCUGGGCCACCCGGAGGCCGCCUUCGUCAUGGGCCGCGCCUACGAGCUCGGCGAGCUCGAGUGCCCCAAGGACGCCGCCCUCAGCGUGCACUUCUACAACGAGGCCGCCUCGCGCGGCCACGUCGAGGGCAUGAUGGCCCUCUGCGCCUGGUACAUGGUCGGCGCCGAGCCCGUGCUGGAGAAGAACGAGGCCGAGGCGUACGAAUGGGCCAAGCAGGCCGCCCAAGCCGGCCACGUCAAAGCCCAAUACGCCCUCGGCUACUUCACCGAGAUGGGCAUCGGCUGCCGCCGCGACCCGCUCGAGGCCAACGUCUGGUACGUGCGCGCCGCCGACGCCGGCUACGAGAACGCCCGCCAGCGCCUCGAGGUCAUCCGCGCCGCCGCCGCCGGA